UUAUGUUUUUGUAAACAUGGUAUAAACGUCGUAGGUCGUAACGUAAACAUUUUUCUUUAGAUUGUAAAUAGAAUAUUUUUCUACUUGUAAAAGUAAUGCAUAUAAUUAAUUUUAAUGUGAAUAAUCAUGUCUGCAUUGAGUCUAAUUGGAGAAUAUUCUUCUGAUACAGAAGAAGAAGUAUUUAGUCCAAAAAAAGUGAAUCUUGAUAGAUUACCAGUACCUGAAAGUAUAUUAUCCUGGAAAGGUGUCAAACAUCACGAAGAAAUUGAUGAUGAUCCUUCUCUACAUGAUGGUAGAAUACGAACUUUUAAACACGAGCGUGGAAAUUGGGCAACUCUAGUUUAUAUUUUAUAUAAGCCAAGUACAGCACUUCAUUCUUGGAUGGAAAAUGUAAAGUCCGAACAAUUUUUCGAAGACGGAAAACUAUUUGAUGAAUUUCAUAUCAGUUUAACACGAACCGUUGCAAUAAAAUUUCACUGGAUUACUUCUUUUGUCGAAGGACUCAAGGAGAUGUGCAAAAAUUUGAAUAGCUUUACAGUCGAAUUAAAAGACAUUAAAGUUUAUUGCAAUGAUGACAGAACUCGAACUUUUCUCGGAAUUGCUUGCGAAAACAGGGCCUUAAAUAACGUGACGGAAAAUUUAAACAAACUAUUCAACGAGUACCAAUUACCCUGUUUUUAUGAGGAAGCAUCGCACCACGUAAGUUUUCUGUGGACCCUCGGCGAUCAAGUUGAAAGUCUAAAAAAACUCGUUCCCACUUUAUCAGCCUCAUUGAAAACAUUCCUAUUUGACAAUUUUGAGGAUGGGUUUAUAGACGUUCAUGAAUUACACUGUAAGAUUGGAAAUAAAUUAUAUACAUUUAAACUCAGAUCGGAAUCUGUUGUGUGAUACAAAUAUGUACAUAAACUGUUAGAAUAUAAAUUAUACAGGUUUAAAUAUAACAA